AUGAGCUCAAACAUAUUUAAACGUUUUAAAUCAGCAGAAGAAUCAUUAGACGAAGAUGAGUCGGUCACCCCUGUGUAUAUUCCCAAGGCAAAACGUGCCAAAUUGGAAGCAUUGAAAGCAAAGAAAUCACAAAUUGCUUCUCGACUAUCGACCCACAAACAACAAAGUGCUCCCACAACCACCACCAACACUAGUACUACUGCCUCCACCACCACAACAGCAACAACAAAUAAUACCAACAACUCAAAGCCAUCAAUCCAAACAAAGAAACCAACUGGGAAAAAAUUUCAAUUUGAUUGGGAUGUAGAAGAGGAAGAUACUGCAUCUGGGUUUGUUCCCUUGAUAGAAAUGGAUGAAGAAAUUGAUGACCCAUUAUUUAGCGGUCAGGAGCUGACCCACUGGACCAAUAAAAACCUAGAGGAAAUGACAGAUAGAGAUUGGAGAAUAUUUAAAGAGGAUUAUAAUAUCACUACCAAAGGUAAAAACAUACCUAAUCCUUUGAGGUAUUGGAAUGAAGGAUCGAUUAAUGACAAAUUGGUUUCAAUUAUUUCUCAAUUAGGUUAUGAAGAACCAACUUCAGUUCAACGAGCAAGUAUCCCCUUAGCAUUAAAGAAACGAGACGUCGUUGGAGUGGCUGAAACUGGGAGUGGGAAAACCUUAGCAUUUUUAAUUCCCGUAUUGAAUUAUAUCCUAUCUAUUGAUGAAAAUUAUCUCAAAUACGAAAAAAUAUCAAAUGAACCGGUGGGGUUGAUUUUAGCACCAACAAGAGAAUUGGCGUUACAGAUAACGAAGGAAGCAGAGAAAUUUUGUAAGAAACUCGGAUAUCAAGUUCUACCGAUUAUUGGAGGACAUCACUAUCAAGAUACUAUAAAUAAAAUUGACCAAACUGGAGUCCAUUUGAUAGUGGCUACCCCAGGUAGAUUAGUGGAUUCUAUUGAAAGGAAGAUUGUUGAUCUUAGCAAGUGUUAUUGCUUGGUCAUGGAUGAAGCAGAUAGAAUGAUUGAUAUGGGAUUUGAAAAAGAUUUGAACAAAGUUUUAGACAAAUUACCAACUGAAAAGCAAUUAUCACUGACAAUAGAUGGAAGAAUAUUUCAUUUGGAAAAAAGAUCAACAAUGAUGUUUACAGCAACUAUUUCACCAACAGUUGAAAAACUCACUAAAAAAUAUUUGAUUGACCCAGGCUAUCUUUAUAUUGGUGGUGCAGGAGAAGCCUUGGACAAUAUUAGUCAACUGUUUGAGUUCUUGUCCAGUGCAACCACCGAGGCAACCAAAUUCAAUAAACUAAUAAAAAUCAUUCGAAGCCACUGGAGAGUCACCGAAAACCCCUUGAUUAUUAUUUUUGCAAAUUUCAAGCACGUAUGUGACUCGUUAUCACAGGAAUUAUCUAGUAAUGACAUUAACAAUGUUGUCAUUCAUGGUUCUAAAUCACAAGAUAUGAGAGAACAGGCAAUCACAAAUUUUCGAAAUCACGAAAGCGAAGUCUUAAUAGCGACUGAUGUUGCCGCAAGAGGAAUAGAUAUUCCGAAUGUCACAUUAGUGAUUAAUUAUCAAAUGGUGAAGAAAUUUGAUGAAUAUAUACACAGAAUAGGUAGAACUGGUAGGGCUGGGAAUUUGGGUGAAAGCUUUACAUUUAUUUCCGACCAAGAUACGGAAAUUUUCACACCCCUAAAGAAGUUCUUGAAAAAAGGUGGCAAGAGAUUGCCUGAUUGGUUGUAUAAGCAUCAGUCACAAACUGUCCAAGAAUGA